GAUAAAAGACAUUGGCUACUAGCUAGACUAACCAGAUAGUAUCACAGCAAAGAAGAACGUCAAGCAAAGACACUACCGUAUCAAAAUGGACAAAGAAGGAGAUCGCGAGAGACUGUUGUUGGAGUCGAACGCUCGACCGUCGUUGAUGCGUCUGUUGUCGAUCAACCACAAGAGUGCCCAGAAAGGCAGUGAUGGCACAACAACUACUACUACUGGCACAUUGAAGAGCACCAGUGCCAACGACGAUGAUGCUCCGUUUAGUUUGGAAGAUCUUCCUACUCCUGCGUUUGUGAUCAAUCGUCAUGCGUUUGCGGGAAAUUGUCAACGCGUCUUGGAUUUUUGUACUUAUACUACUAGCUCUACUAGUACUAGUAGUGGCGCUACUAGUACUGCCUAUAAACUGCGACCACACAUCAAGACACACAAGACAUUGGAAGGCAUUCAUUUGCAAGCCCACGGGACGGGCAAAUCGUCAUCUCAUGCCGUGAAUGGAUUUGUGGCGUCUACCAUCCCCGAAGUCAAAUUGUUGGUGAAUUACUACACGACCAAUUCCACCGAAAAUGCCGGCAGUAUCCUUUAUGGAAUCCCCAUUAGUGAAACCAAAUUGCCACCUCUGUUUGUCCUACAACAACGAUUGGAUGAUUGGACCACGAGGCAGCAAAACAAGGCCAAUAAAGAUCACCAUAUUCCCAUUCAUAUACUCAUCGAUCAUCCCCAACAGGUACAAAUGGUCGAGCAAUUCCUGGCCAAACAAGAACAACAAUCUACACCAGCAGCCACGUUUUCCGUCUUUUGCAAGUUGGACACGGGAUACCAUCGAGCAGGAACCACCUGUGACAAACAAGGAAUCCAACUCGUCACUGCCAUCUUGCAGUCCAAGGCACUCCGGUUGGUGGGAUUCUAUUCUCAUUGUGGACAUGCCUACGAUGUCGAGGACCAGUCCAAACUGCAAGAAAUUGCCAACACGGACAUGAACACCAUUCAACAAUUUCUCAUGCACCUGGAACAGCAUUGGAACAACAACAAUAACAACAACAAUAUCAAUCCACAACAAGUCUUUGACAAAUGCAUCAUUAGUGUCGGAUCCACACCCUCCUUGUUUCAUCAUCCCACGAAUCACAACAAUAGUAAUGAAUGGCCAGCAUUCCAACAACGUCACACGACACUCCAAUUCGAAAUCCAUCCUGGCAAUUACACCCUCUACGAUCGUCAACAGCUCCAUACGAGUGCCUGUGCGGAUCCACAACACAUUGCCGGACGCGUCUUGUCUCGAGUCAUUGGACAUUACGACGACGACCAUCGUCCUCAAACGGUCCUCCUCGAUGCCGGUGCCACGGCAUUGACCAAGGAAACCACUCCGCAAGGGGGCAUGGCCGCCAUUGCGUCCGUCGAAAAUGUCGAUGUCUAUCGCAUGUCGCAAGAAGCGAGCAUGGCACGACGACACAACAAUAGUAGUAACAAAUCCUUGUUGGAGGAAUUGCCCUUGGGAUCCAUGGUCACCUUGUUGCCCAAUCAUUCCUGUUUGGCCGCAGCCUGUUUUGAUACCUACUAUGUCAUUGAUGAUCCGUCCUGUCGAUUCCUACCUGAAACGGCCAUUGUCGAAGAAUGGAUCCCCGUCAAGGGGUGGUGA